AUGCAAGAAGAAAAACGACGAUUGGAAGACGAAAGACGGGAAAAUGAUGAAAGACGAGAAAAAGAAAAACGCCAAUUGGAAGACGAAAGACGGGAAAAUGAUGAAAGACGAGAAAAAGAGAAACGACGAUUGGAAGAAGAAAGACGAAAAGACGAUGAAAGACGCGCAAAAGACGAUGAAAGACUUGAAGAAGAAGAAAGAAGAAGACGUGAGAGAAGAAACGACGAGGAUAGACGAAGACGCGAAGGGCGAAAUUAUGACGAAGGACGACAAAUAUGCGAUGAAAGACGUAGAUAUGAACGAAGUAAUGACGAAGAAAGACGAAGAUACGAAGACAGACGAUAUGACGAAGAUAUUCACGUACAUGAAGAAAUUGGAGAAAUAAGCUAUAGCGCAAGCAAUAACGCUGAAAUUAGAUCCGCGAAUAAUGGAGCGACUGGUACAGGACGACAGGAAUCAUUUGCAUUAAGUUUUAGAGAUGUGGAAGACAGCAUAAGAUCAUUUAAUGGAAAAGAUGAAUAUCCUAUUCGCACGUGGAUUAUCGAGUUUGAAGAAGUAGCUGAGAUAACAGGAUGGAACGACUUACAAAAAUUAAUCUACGCAAAAAAAUGUUUAAAUGGACUUGCCAAACUGUUUGUGCAGUCAGAAAAAGGCAUCAGAAGUUGA